AUGAAGUUUUUGUUUGUGUUGACUGUGUCACUGGUGGCAGUGUUUGCAGUAGAAGAAUAUGUGACGGGGCAUGAGAACUUCGAUGCGGUAGCGUUGGUAAACGAUGAAAAAAGGCUAGCCGAAUUUACUGCGUGUUAUCUGGACAAGGGCCCGUGUAAUGAAAUUUCUAGCGCCUUCAAAAACAUUGCGUCAGAAGUUAUUAGAGAGGCAUGUGCAAAAUGCAGCGCUAAGCAGAAGAAGAUGACGAAAGUGUAUUUGGACGGUAUUCGAGUGAAGCUGCCACAGGAAUAUGAUGAAUUUAAAAGGAAGUACGACCCCGAAAAUAAAUACAUGGAAGCAUUAUAUAAGGUCCUCGAUAGUGCUUAA